UUCCGUCCUCUGGUGGGCCCAUUGCCCCCCGUCGCCCACGGUUUCGCAUCAGGGCCCUCCCGUCAGUUUCUUCCUUCUCCUCCACUUCCACUCCCACCGUGGCUGCCUCCGCCGUCGCCUCCUCCUCCCUUCCCCAAUGGCAGGCGCCAGCCUCAGCCUCAGCCAGCUCUGACCGCCGCGCGGGGCCUUGAUCCGGCGCCAGGCGGGCGGGAAUCGCGCGGGUGCCCCGUUCAAUUCGGCGCGGACUCCAGCUGGGAGGUCGGAGCGGCGGAGAUCCGGUCGCCGGACUUGCCUCCAAUCCGCUGGUCGCCGUCGUCUCCGGAAGACAAGUCGAGGAGGUUCGUUCGCCGGCGCGUGCUGCCGCAGUGCGCCGUCUCGUGGAUCUGCGGUUCGGCGACUUGUGACCGGGUCUUUGCCGGUGGAAAGGGGGCUGCUUUGGGCACCGUUGUUCCCGAGGUGUUUGUCCCCAUAGGGGCGACCAGUCCAAGAGAGCGCCGGUUCAUGAUUCAGGCAAUGGCGUCGCAGUCGCAGGCAGGAGGCGGCGGCGGCGGCGGCGGCGGCUAUGCCGGCCCAGGGCAGCGCGGGCAGGCGCAGCAGGGCCUGGCGAGGCAAGGUUCCCUGUACAGCCUUACCCUCGAUGAGGUGCAGAGCCAGCUGACAGAGCCUUUGCUUAGUAUGAACCUCGACGAGCUGCUCAAGAGCGUGUUUCCUGACGGCGUGGAUCCUGUCGGCGGCGUCGCCGGCCAGUCUGAGCCGGCCCCGGGCCUGCUUCGCCAGGGGAGCAUCACCAUGCCUCCGGAGCUGAGCAAGAAGACGGUGGACGAGGUGUGGAAGGGCAUCCAGGAUUCGCCGAAGAGAAGUGGCGAGGAGGGUAGUCGGCGGAGGCGGGAGAGGCAGCCGACCUUUGGGGAGAUGACACUUGAGGAUUUCCUGGUGAAAGCUGGAGUUGUCGCUGAAGGGCAUUUGAAGGAUCCGAUUGACUUGCCAGCUAACAUGGGUGCGGUUGGGAGCAGUGUAAUUGAGGCUGCUGCGCCCAGUUUGAACCCCGGAGCGCAUUGGUUACAGCAGUACCUGGAGCCCCAGCAUCCACGCAUGGCAGGUCCUUUCAUGGCAAGUCAUUUGGGUCCUCAGCCAUUGUCUGUUGCUACAGGUGCUAUCAUGGAACCAAUUUACCCGGAUGGCCAGAUUACGUCACCAAUGCUCGAUGCGCUUUCUGAUCCUCAGACAGCUAGGCGCAAGCGUGGUGCCUCAGAUGGUGUAACUGAUAAAGUCGUAGAAAGAAGGCAGAAGAGAAUGAUAAAAAACAGGGAAUCAGCUGCACGGUCCAGAGCGAGGAAGCAGGCUUAUACUAAUGAGCUUGAAAACAAGGUGUCUCGUCUAGAAGAGGAGAACGAGAGGUUGAAGAAGCAGAAGGAGUUGGACAUGAUGAUAACCUCCGCGCCUCCCCCAGAACCCAAGUAUCAACUCCGGAGAACAAGUUCUGCCCCUGUUUGACGUCGAUAGUAAAUUUUGUAGAAUUACACCGCUCAUAUGGUUUCCGUGGUUGUGGUAGAAACAGUUGGUAGCCUGAGGUGUUGUAGCUUGUCCCAGCCCGGUGGUUCAGAGUUUGUAGAUGAGUAGCAGCCCUAGGCGGCCCUUAGCAUGUCCCAGAUGAUCUGUCUGUUCCGAGGCUUUGUCAGUGUGUGUAAAUCUGCCAGGUACAUGUUUUAAUUUUAUCAGAGCUCCUUCUUUGUACAUGAUAA